AUGGAAGGGUACAGGUACAUAUUCCACGGUGAGAAAGAGCUAGCCUCCCUGCUUCCCCCAACCACACCUGAAUGCAGACUCGAGUUAAACGAGGUGACACGGUCAGGGUUCAACACUUUGUUGAAAAGAGGGAAGGUGACCGUAAAGUACACCACCAUUGAUUCAGUGUGGCGAUGGAUCGAGACCCAGGGCGUCUACACCAAGGAAGCCAUGGACACGAUGAAAGAUGUCGCGCUCUCCUUCACACUGUUCAAGUUGCUGAAGCGGAGAUUGUGUGGAUACCGGAUUGGCGAGGCUGGCCUCGCCAAGACUCUGGAUUUCGUUCUCAGGGGGCUCAUCUUUGAAGAAGGUAACUAUGCUCGUGCUUUCGGGGUUGUGGAGAUGGAGUUGGCGUUCCUGUAUGAUUUCCUCUACACAGGCUUCGAUGCCAAGUCAGGAGACUACAAGGGCUUGGCCUUCUACUUUGUGGUAACUGUUGCUGCUUGGAAUGGCAUCUCCCGAGCAUUCAGGAGGCACUACCAUCGCAGUAACUUGGAGCAGAGUGUCCCUGGGACAGAUGUUACUCGCUGGGUGACCAUCGUGCUGCUCACCGUCGUGUUGGCGCUGUCCUGCUCGCCGGGCGGCCGGGACACCAGGUGGCUCGUCGUGCACCAGCUCCAGCUCAUGGAUGACCCCAUUUAUGGGUUGGAACGAGCCAUGGGGUCAUGGAAGCAUGAUCUUCCUAGAGUAAAACGCGAAGCAAAAAAAUCCUGGCAGAGAGCACUUGGGCAGUACUCCCUGUUACUCAACUUCGACUACCGCCCAAGGAACGUGCUGCCUCUUCUGUCACGGGGCUUGGUCGACGCAACAAGACAGGGACACAAGGCUGGGGAGAAGGUCGUGCUGUCAGAUGAAGUCAUCGUGCGCGUCCUUUCUGGGUUCAAGGAGAGCAACGGGGAGCUAGGAGAUGGGCGGUCGGCUCUAGCCAGAAACCAGCAGCAGCUUGGAAGCCACGAAUUGUCAUGGGCCUGCACCAUGCCCGCACACAUAGACAAGAUCCUCGUGUGGCACAUCGGGACGACCAUCGCCAUGGAUGGGCACCCGGUUCCCACAACCGGCGACCAGCGCGUUGCCAAGACCCUGUCGGACUACUGCGCCUACCUGGUAGCUUUCGUUCCGGACAUGCUGCCCGGCCAUGGCUACGACACCCAGCGCGUCCUCGACGGCGUGGUCGUGGAUGCUCGGGAAAGCCUCGCCGGGUGCGACACGGUGAGCAGCAGGUGCGAGAAGCUGAUGAUGAUGGGGCUCCUGCCGAGCAACAGCACAUGCACAGUCCUAGAGAUGGGGGGCAGGCUUGGGAGAGAGCUCAGGGACGUGGUCCCAGAGGCGCGGAGGUGGAAGCUGCUCGCUGACUUCUGGGCCGAGUUCGUGCUCUUCCUCGCGCCGUCAGACAACGCCGAGAUCCACGCCGAGAAGCUCGCCGCCGGUGGGGAGUUCAUGACCCAUCUCUGGGCACUGCUCACACAUGCCGGCAUUCUGGAGCAACCCCCUGUGACCCCUCCUGUUUAA